AGAUUGUUCAUUGAAUUGGUAAAAGUGUUACGGGUAAUUAUGAAAUUCUAGAUUUUAUAUUUCUGGUUAAUUAUUGUUAUAUUUAUUUACAUUGGUUCUUAAGCUUGCUAAAAUGACAUCGAUUAAAGCGUGUUUUGUAGUACUAGUCGUAGUCGUUUUUUAUCAAACAACUACACUUGGUGAUUUAGUUACCGAAUCGACAUCAGAUAACCGAUUGACAUCAAGGAAAUUCAUGGAGUUUCUUCCAAAUUCAGUCGAGUCAUUAGAAAGUUUAAUUGUAGAAGGAGGGGACGUGAUCAAAGCCAAAAGUUAUGACAAACUGAUACAAAUGUAUAAAGACAAUGACGACAAGGAAGCUCUGAUGGCGCUGACUAAAAAUGCGCACAUUUUAUCUUUUAAUUACAAACACUCGAGCGCAACAUUACAAAAUACUAAAAAUCUUAGGGGCUCUAAACAAGGGUAUCAAUUCGCUGACAAAUGCAUAGCAGAAUACGAGAGCGACCCGGCUAAACUUUACGAAUGUCUAAAGUGGAAAGCAGCGCUUUAUGAAACAGAUAUUAUUGAAGGAAACGUAUUGAUGAGCAAAACGUCGCUGGAUCAGUUAAAGAAAGUCUUAAUUCAAAUGGACAAAAUAAAGGAGAAUAACCCCGACAUCCCUGAUGAUCCAUUUGUGACUUUUCUGAAAGGAAGAAUAAUAUGCGAAAUUAAAUUAAUGUCAGAUGUUGGGAAAUUCUCUUUCAAAAAAAGCCAAUCUUUGUACGGAGAUAUAAUCGACCACAAACAAGAAACAAUCCAAACUUGUAUAAACAAGUUAAAAGAUUUCGAAUCGGAAGUCGGCGAUUCCGGGCAAUUCAGAGAAAGUAAACUACUACUGGGAAUAGCUUAUUUAGCAGACCGAAAAUGGCCAGAAGCCCAAUAUUGGCUCCAGAAAGCAAUGGACAUACCGGUUAGAGACACCGAGGGAAAAUUGAAAAACAGAGCAGCUCAAAUUGCAUUAGAAAAACUUCAAUUGAAAUUGUUUCCAAAUACAUUUAAAUAACAGUUUACUAUAAAAUAUUAUAUUGUUAAUUAAAACGUUAUUAUAUUGCUAAUAUUAUACAAUAGCCUACAAAAAUAUAUAAUAUCAGCUAUGUGCUAUAAAUACAAUAGAUAGCUACUAAAUACCAUAUUUUUAAAACAUUGCAUCAUUAUUAAAAUAAAACACAAUUGCAAGAUAUCA